CUUAGAGAAUGGCAUCACAAAUGUAUUUAUUUAAAAGAACUCUAUUAGAGUAUUUAAAGAAAAGGAUUACGAAUUUAUUUAUAAAACCAGAGCAAUCUAAUUAUAAUAAACUACAGACAAUCCAUUGAAAUUAGAUAGACCAAAAGUCACAAUAUAAAGAGGAAGAAAAGGAAAUGUAUAAAUAAGAACAAAAGGGAAUUUCAUUGAUCCUUUAUCUAGAGCAGCAAAUUAAAAAGCUUAAUAAACAAAUCCAUUAAGUCGACCUUAAACUGUAGAUCCAUUAGCUAGACCAAUUGGAUAACCAACAUCUAAAAUAGAAUAAUAAUAAGCUUAAGUCUAAGCUAAAAGUGUUGAACCUAAUAAGAUAUAAUAAUAAUAAUAAUAAUAAUAAGAUGGAAAACUAGAGAUUGAUGCAGAAGAGAAAUAAUUAAAAGCUACAGGAGAAUUUUCAAUUUAUUGGUAAGAAAUAAGGGAUGAUUUUUAAAAUAUUUUUCAAAUAAAAACAUAUGAUUUAGAAUAACCAGUACCUAAUGUAUGAUAAAUAUAUAAUCUAGCCUUUUGGAUCCAAUGUUUAAACAAUGAAUUAAUUCGAUGGAUAAGCUAAAGCUGCUUAUAGUGGAGAUAACAAAAUUGAGUAUUAAACUUAAGCUCCAAGAUAAGGAACUUCUAAGUAGAUUUUAUAAAAAACAUAUAUUCAAAAAGUAUUAGAUAUCAGAAGAGAUUUAAAAAGAUAAUGGAUUAAUGGAGAUAAAGUUGCAUCAUUACAAUUAGCUAUCUAAUCUUGUAAAUUAUUAAUUGAUAAUGAUAAACCUCUCUUUGCUCCUGUUAAAUAUGUUUACAUUAUUGAUAUUUUGGAAACCUUUGGUAAAUUUGUAAUUGAAAGAUUAUUAAAACUAAGUUAUCCUCAAUAUACAGAUUAAAAAAUAGCUGAAAUUAGUUUAUAAAGUGUAGUUGGAUCAAAUAUAUCUGAAACAGCUUCAGAAAUUGGAAGAAAUUGGAUUAAUAAAAUAGGAUCUAUUAGAGAAUUGUUGCCUCGAUUGUAUAUAGAAUCAACAUUAUUGAAGGUUUACUAUUUUAUUGAUUAAAAUUAAAUUAAACCAAUAUUUCAAAGAUUAAUUAAAUAAGUUAGAGCUAUAGGUGAUUACAUUAAUGUACAUAUUUUUAAUUUAUAAUUAAGGCUUUAUAUUUUGCACUUUAUUUAUUCAGAAUAGGGGCAGAAUUAUUUUCUGGUGAAAAAGAUUACCUUAUAUCAACUUUAAAAGAUUUCUUUAUUUAUAUGAAUUAAAAAAGUAAGUUUGGAAAAUUUGAAGUUUAAGGAGAUCAAUAUUUAAGAUUAUUUGAACCAUAUUUAAUUUAAACAUUUAGAUAAUAUUCAUAGAAUUGUACAGAGGUAAUAAUUAUAUUUAAAUUAAUUUAGAGAGAAUUUAAAGAUAUAUUUGAACAUUUUAGAUAAAGUACCUAAAAUCAUUUUGUUUUAAAAAAAAUGAUUGAAUAAUUUUAAGCUGUUCAUAUCAGUACUUUAGCAUUAGAAUUAUUUUCUAUUAUGUAAGCUUAUCCUGUAGAAAAUAAAUAUUAAUUAUAUGCUUGUUUUUUACCAAAAAUAGCAAAAGGAUUAACUAAUGUUGCUGCUGGUUCUGAAAUUUGUCAAUAUGUUUUACAAGACAUUUUAUAAAUAAAGUCUUUUUCACUCUUUUUAGAAAUUUUGGCCUCCUUAAUAGAACUAAUCUUUAGAUCAUUUUAGGGAUAUCAAAAAAAUCAAUUCUUUUUCUAAAUUCUUUAAAGAUUUAAUGAUUUGUUUAGUAUGGUUGAAAAAGAUUAAGUAAAUACAAAUUAAAGCAGAGAUACUUUUAUUAAAUUACAUUAAUUUAUUAUCAAAAUAUUUUAAGAUUCUUAAGAUAUUUCAGAAAUACUUUAGAUUGAUACAUUUAUAACUUGUAUUUAAUUUUUCCCUGAAGAUAUGAAAAAAUUAGUAUGUAAUGAUUUACUUUCAAUGAUAAUAAAUAGAGAUUAAAAAGAAAAAAUUACUGAUCCUAUGGCUGUUCAUUCAAUUGUUAAAUUAACAACUAAUUUAAAUAAUAAGAAAACAAUUACAAAAGAUGAAUCUAAGAAUUUAGCCAAAAUUAUCAAUUAAUUAUUACAAAAGAUUGACUUUGGUAAAGACUUAGAAUAAUCCUUAAAUUUAUAUGCUGAAAUGAGAGGUUAAUUUGGAAAUAUAAGUGGUUUAUCUGAAAUAUUAAUUGAUAGAGCUUUAGAUUUGAUUUUUAGAGGAAAAAGAUUAUCAAAAGGAAAGAAUCAAAAAAAAAUUAUUUCUUUCUAUUAAGCUUGCAUAGCAUAUAGUUUUAUAACUAUUCCAACAAUAGACAAUCCUAUAUCAAAGCUAAGAAAGUAUCUAUAAGUAGCCUAAGUUGGUUUAUCAUUAAACUUAUUAUCCCAAAGUGAAGCAGUCAUAAAAACAGCAAUUGAAACUCUACUUGAAUUACCUGAUACACAUAAUGGACGUCCUAUUGAUGAAGUUGCUCUACCUUACAUUUUAGAUUUAAUUUCUUUUAUAAUUUUGGUCCCUGAUGAUCCAUCUGCAGGAUAUUUAAAUAUUUUUCAAGGAUUAUUGAAGGCUAUUGAAUAAUUUAAAUGGAAUCAAAAGAAUGGAGGAAUUUAUUCUAUUGUAGUUUAUGUAAAUUGUAUCCAAUACUUAUGUGCUUAAGUUUAAGAAAGAUUACCUUAUCAUUUUGAAAAUGUUAAAUCUAAUGAUGCUUUAUUCAACAAAGAUACAUAAUUUAGUAUGACUGUAUUGGAAUUAGUACAACAAUUAUAUAUUAAAUUGGGUGAACAAACAACAGGAAUUUUAAAAUUAAAUAUUACUGAUUCUAUUGUAAAAAAUAUUUAUAUAUUAAAAGGAAAAUGGUUUAAUUGUUAAAUAAAUGUUAAGUUGCUUAAAUAGAUUGUUGUUGCUAUUGAAAUUUAACAAGGAAGCACAAACUACAUUUACUAUUUUUAUAGAUUUAAUAUAUAAAAAGAUAAAUGAUUUAAAUAGAGAUAGAACUGGAAAGGUGCAAUUGACUUUGUUGAAGCCAUAUUUCUUAAUAACUUUUCUGAAUAUUGAAAAGUCUACAACAGUAAUAAAUAAAUCAUUAAUAUUUUAGUUUAAUUUUGAAGAGAAAAGGAAUUAAAUGAUAAGUAUUUUAGAGGCUGCAAGAAAUUGAGUUAUGAUUUCA